AGACUCGCGCUGAAGGUCACACUGAAGCUUCUGGUUCAUCACGGACAUCAUGAGGUCUCUUCUUCUCCUGUCUCUGGUUCUGCUGCUGAUCUGGACCGGAAGCUGUUCCGCGCAGAUACCGAGGCGAUGCCACACUCCGCCGCUGCUGUCCGGCAGUAUGAGCGUGAGCGCUCGGGAAGGCCAGGAUUGGGCGUUUGCUAAGUACCGCUACGAUGCUUUUGGUCAGCGCAUCCGUUUGUGGGAAUUUGGAACCGUUGAGAGCAAGUCGUUCCACCUGAACAUGCUGUUCCUGUUUCGAGAGGGUGUGGUGUACUCCAUGGACUACAGGAACAGAACCUGUCAGAAGAAUCCUCUCCACGCCGCCUUCCACCCGUCCCACAUCCCCCGCAACGCCUCUCUGCUGUCCCAGGUGGUUCUGGGAGGCUCGUCGGCGCCGGGAGAGGGGCUGCUGGUCAACACCUGGACCGGAGACGUGCCGCAGACCGGAGGUAAAUACCUGGCCACGGUGACGGAGUUCGGCUGUAUCCCGGUGUCCACGCUUUACCACACGCCAGAGUCCGGCUGGGUCGUCACCACCUACUUCAACGGCGUGACGGGGGUGGAGGACCCGGAGCAGUUCAUCCCUCCUGCGUUCUGCGACGCCGCCGAGACCGAGGAGGAGGAGCUCGACUUCUUCAGCGGAUUCUCAUGGCUGUAG